CCCGAGUGCAGGUGACCCGGCGGGAGGUUGCUGCGCGGCGGGGCCGGGGCCGGGGCCGGGGCAGAGGCAGGCGGCGGCGGCGCCCGGCCAUGCACGUCAAUGGCAAGGUAGCGCUGGUCACCGGGGCGGCGCAGGGCAUCGGCCGGGCCUUCGUGCAGGCGCUGCUGGACAAGGGCGCCAAGGUGGCCCUGCUGGACCGCAACCCCGAGGCCGGCCGGGAGAGCAAGGCGGCCCUGGACGGGCAGUUCGAGGCGCAGCGGACCGUCUUCAUCCAGUGCGACGUUACGGAGCAGGAGCAGCUGAAAGGUGCUUUCGAAAAAGUAAUUGAACAUUUCGGAAGGCUGGAUAUUGUGGUUAAUAAUGCUGGAGUGAAUAAUGAAAAGGACUGGGAAAGCACAAUACAAAUUAACUUGACAUCUGUGAUUAGAGGAACCUACCUUGGCCUAGAAUAUAUGAGAAAAGGAAAUGGCGGUGAUGGUGGAGUAAUCAUUAAUAUCUCAUCCUUGGCAGGACUCAUGCCUGCUGCCUUCCAGCCAGUGUACUGUGCUACAAAGCAUGGCGUAAUCGGAUUCACACGAUCGAUAGCACUAGCUGCUAGUAUGGAAAACUAUGGUGUGAGACUCAACACUAUUUGCCCAGGGUUUGUCAACACACCAAUUCUUCAGUCAAUAGAUAAAGAAGAGAAUAUGGGACAAUACUAUUCAUACAAGGAUGAGAUCAAAAAUAUGAUGCAAUUCUAUGGUGUGAUGGACCCAUCAUUAAUUGCCGAGGGACUGAUAACAAUAAUUGAAGACGAUACUCUAAAUGGAGAAGUCAUGAAGAUUACAGCAUCACAAGGGAUUCAUUUUCAACAAUACAACCAAUUGCCUUUUUCAUCAUCAAAGAGAUAAAACUAUUUGUUUUAUGCUUUUUUUGCUUUUUUAAAUAUAACUUUUGGAAAAGAAGUAUUUUUGGAAAAAUGUUAAUGUAGAGCAGUGAUAGUAUUAAAACAGUUGCAACCAAUAAAUAACAAAGAUGGAAGAGCAAAUCUGACGUGGGAUGAUGUUAUCAUCUUAUUUUGAUUCUAUAAACACUAAUAAUAGGUUUUUACUUUUUUUAGUAGAAUAAGCACACUGCUCUGCAAUUUUUUAAUUAUGCGCAAAUAGGGGUCAGACUUUUCCUUUUGGUAGUUCUGUGCAAUUAUCUGAUCUGCAUACCCCAAGCAUAUUUUGGUGGACCUGAUUUACUUAGUGUAAUUCCUCUUACUGUAAUAAAGGUGUACGUAUUUGCAUCCUGAAUUCUUUAUGUCAGGAAUUCAGUUUAGGACUCCAGAACACAAGUAUACCUACAAGGAGUCAAGAAUAUUUUUUGUCCUUAUAUGAGUAUGUAAAAUAUAACAAGAGCCAAAAUUCUCUUUCCUCAUUUAUAAAUGCAACUGAUGUUGUACGUCAUGCAAGAAAGUACAGAUUU